GUUGGAAAGAAAUUUUUUAUGAAACAUGGAAACAGUUUUGAACGGUACUGUAUAUUAUAAAUUCAUUAAUGUGAGCAAUGAACCGUUGUCGAGCUUCAUCAUAGUACAUGUUUUCAUAAAUUCUUGCUAAACAAAGGGAAACGACGAUUCUAGACGGUUGAGUUAUUGGCAUUGCACUCUCAUAUUUAUAUUCCUCUAAUUCACUACAAAUUUCCAUCAAACGAUAAAGACCCUUUUGCUCAAUAAGAAGUUCAGCCCAAUUAAGUGUUUGAUAACGAGCAUUUCUGAUCAAUAAUUCUACAACAGCAUCACGAGCUUCGCCAGUAAUUGUACGAUCUGUUGUUGCAUAAACCAAUCAUGUAAGAAUUGUAUUAAUUUCAUUCUUAUUAUCUUCGAAAGCAUCAUUUAAAACGUAAGGAACCGAUAAUUGUCAUUGGAAGUAGAAGUCUAGUGUAAAGUUGAGACAAGGUUAAAAUGGAAGCACAUCUUGAUCAAAAUUCAGUACGGGAGUUAAUGACUGUCUCUGCAAUCAAUGUAGCCAAGCUAUUAACAACAAAUCAAUCAAUGAAGGAAACGUAUUUUAUUAGGAUUUCGGAUAUCCCAAAAAGACUCAAGUUAUACGACAUAAUAAUUAAGCUACAAAAAGAAUAUAAAUUAAAUUUUAUUACUAAUGUGCACAGAAGUCGUUCAUCGAGAAAUAUUGGGAACUUGGUGAUUGGAUGUAGAAACACUGGAGAAUAUAAAGCAUUUAUGGCGCGAGGCGACGCGAUUAUGGUGAGAGGGUACUGGUUAACGAUCGAAGAAUCGAGAAGACCUAUAGGAGUAAAUCUGGUAAAAGUUCCAGAAGAACUUAAGUCUGUCGUAAAGGAAUUAUCGAGAGUUAUCUCGUUCGAAGCAGCGAACUCAUAUUCCAAAGUAUUUCCAACUGAAAGGAUAUUAGAAAUUCUGCUAGAAAUGGAAGCGGAUGAAUGGAUAACAAAUGGAAUAGAUGGAAUUUGGUUAAAGUACAUUCACCAUGACCGUAAGCUGCACGAUAAAGUGAUACUUUCCUUGGAUGAGACAAUUAGCUACAACGCGAUCUCGCGAUUCUUAAUGGAAUAUGGUAAUAGAGACUUAAAGAAACGCGCAUUAAGAAUUAUAAUGUCUUAUAAGAGUAUCUGGAAGAGAGAGAAUGUUUAUGAGGUACAUGAGAAUGAUGAGGCAAUUUACAUUUUAACAAAGGAUCUUUUAGAUAAAGACAUGUUGUCGAAUUUAAAUAAUUUUAAUAGCAUAAGAGUAAUAAUAGAAUAA